AUGUCUUUAAAGUUUUACAUCAUCUUUGCUUUCUUUGCUUCUGUUCUUUUGAUGGCGUUUUCAGUCUCGUCUGCACCAGUUGCUGAUAAUGGUGCCGGUAGUGGUGGCUUCUAUGAUAUGAAAACUCUUAAAAAUGACGAAAAUGUCACCAGACGUGAUGCCUAUCCUAAUCCAGAAUCUUCAGGCGGUCUUUACGAAAUGGCUGAUCUUAAAAGCAAAAGGGAAUUUUCUGAAAAUGGAAUUAAUGACCUUUCUAAACGUGCUGCUGUUAUUACUAUUGCAGUUAUUACAAUUACUGUGCGUAUAGCAACUAUGCAUCGCCUUCUUAUUGCGUAUGCUUCGAUGCUUAAUAGCAUCUUCUGA